CCGAAGUUAUUCCCCCACCAUUGGUUUAUAAUUGCACCGUAACAUGCAUGAGUCGGUCAGCUCAUCAACGGCAACAACAAAAGCUGCAACAGCAGCAACAGUUGUUGGCCCAACAAAUGGCUGCUGACAAUGAGGCAGCCGCUGCUGCGGCCGAAAUGUUUGACCUCUUUUGUGUGGCCACAACGAUGCGUCAAAUACUCGGCCUACAUCGUCAGAUGUGUGAUGUCAUCGGUUUACGUCCUGCCCCGCUAAAUGAAUUCUACCCAAAGCUAAAGGCAAAAGUUCGUUCGUGGAAAGCCCAGGCGUUGUGGAAGAAAUUUGAUGCUCGAGCUGCACAUCGGGCCUAUGCCAAGGGUAAUGCCUGCACCGGUACAAGAGUACUGGUAAUUGGUGCCGGUCCAUGUGGUCUGCGAACAGCCAUUGAGGCUCAGCUGUUGGGUGCCAAAGUUGUUGUGGUGGAAAAACGUGAUCGCAUAUCCCGCAAUAAUGUACUCCAUCUAUGGCCAUUUGUCAUCACCGAUCUGAGGAAUUUGGGUGCAAAAAAAUUCUAUGGUAAAUUUUGUGCCGGUUCCAUAGAUCACAUUUCGAUUCGACAACUGCAAUGUAUACUCCUCAAGGUCGCGUUGCUUUUGGGUGUAGAGGUCCAUGAAGGGGUCUCCUUUGAACGUACCAUUGAACCCAGUGGUGAUGGUUGUGGCUGGAGAGCCCAAGUAACACCCUCCGAUCAUGCCGUCUCCCACUAUGAAUUUGAUGUUCUCAUUGGGGCGGAUGGUAAACGUAACACCCUGGAGGGUUUUAAACGCAAAGAGUUUCGCGGCAAAUUGGCCAUAGCCAUUACGGCGAAUUUCAUCAAUAAAAAAACAGAAGCUGAAGCCAAAGCGGAAGAAAUUAGCGGUGUGGCGUUUAUCUUCAAUCAGUCAUUCUUCAAGGAGUUGUACCAUACGACGGGUAUCGAUUUGGAGAACAUUGUCUAUUACAAGGAUGAGACGCACUAUUUUGUUAUGACUGCCAAAAAGCAUAGUCUGAUCGAUAAGGGUGUUAUUAUACAAGACUUUGCCGAUCCAGCUGAACUCUUAGCACCCGUCAAUGUAAAUACUGAAAAACUGCUCGACUAUGCCCGUGAGGCAGCAGAAUUUUCAACCAAAUAUCAAAUGCCAAAUUUAGAAUUUGCCGUCAAUCAUUAUGGCAAACCGGAUGUUGCCAUGUUUGAUUUUACCUCAAUGUUUGCUGCCGAAUCAUCGUGUCGUGUUAUAGUGCGUCAUGGUUUCCGCCUACUGCAAUGUCUGGUGGGUGAUAGUUUGCUGGAGCCGUUCUGGCCCACGGGGUCGGGGUGUGCACGUGGUUUUCUCUCCAGCAUGGAUGCAGCCUAUGCCAUUAAGCUAUGGUCCAAUCCGGCUAAUAGUACUUUGGGUGUAUUGGCCCAAAGGGAAAGUAUUUAUAGGCUCCUUGGUCAAACCACCCCUGAAAAUUUACAACGUGACACGGGCAGUUAUACCGUGGAUCCAGCCACACGUUAUCCCAAUCUAAAUCGUAGUUCGGUAAAUGUUUGGCAAGUUAAACAUUUAAUAGAUACCGAUGACAAGACGAUAUUGGAUCAAACCUUUAUGGACACGAAUGCCUUACAAGUUACUCAGGUUGAUACACCGGUGCGCAGGAAACGUCGCAGUGGCGAUUCCAUGCCACUAAGCACCGUUUUGCUGCGCUGGAUCAGUGCCCAAUUACAUGCCUAUGAAUUUACCAAGGAUCUAAAGGAGGUUUCCGAUGUCUUUACCAAUGGUAAAGUUUUGUGUGCUCUAAUCAAUCGUUAUCGUCCCGAUCUAGUCGACUUCAAUGCAAUCAAAGAUUUAAGCCCCAUUGAAAUGAAUGAUCUCGCCUUUAAAAUACUCGACAAAGAGUUGCAUAUACCUCGUAUAAUGACGGGCAAAGAUUCCAUACAGCUGACAAAUGUCGAAUCGAAAGUCUGGCUUAGCUAUUUAGAACAAAUCUGUGAAGUAUUUCGUGGCGAAAUACCACAUGUUAAACAUCCGAAAAUUGAUUUUAGUGAUUUACGUGAAAAAUAUCGUAUCAAUUAUACAAAUGUACAACCGGACUUUUCCAAAUUAUUGCAAAUGUCCAGUAAUAAACAAAAAGCCAAAUCGCCGAUACAGGAUGCUGUUGAUGUGCCAGGAGGAGCGGCGGGAUCAACUACUGUACAAAGACGUUCGAUAUUGGAUGAAGAGAAGCUGAAACGUCAACGUAGACACGAACAAUUAUUGGCAUCGGGUAAUAAUGCUAAUACUGCUGGAGGUGCAGGAAAUACAGCACAAACCGAUACUCCUCGCCGUGCCAAAAAACGUCGCAGUGCCGAAAAGGCUGCCAAUAUUGAGGAACGUCAAAAACGUUUACAGGAAAUUGAACAAAAUCGUCAAGAUCGUAUGAGCAAACGUCGCCAGCAGCGUUAUCAACAGACGCAAAACUUUUACAAAUCACUGCAUAUGUUGCAAGCCAACAUAUUGUUGCGUGAAGCCGAUGAGAACACCCCCUUCGAGGAUUAUUCGAUAUUUAUGUAUCGCCAACAGGCCCCAGAAUUUAAUGAUCGCGUUAAAGAAUUGGAACGAAAGCUGUUGUAUCCCGUAAGCGAGUUGUGAUGAUGAUGA